UGCAUGAUGGAAUUUGAACAUUACCUCAAGAGGUUUUAUGUUUUGGAGUAGCUGUUGUGUUUGUCCUCUGCUGACCAUUGCUUCGGAUUCAUUUUCUGGUGUCCUUUUGAGGCCGUAAACCCAAAGGGAUUAUACCAUGGACUACAAGGAAAGCUGCCCAAGUGUAAGCAUUCCCAGCUCUGAUGAACACAGAGAGAAAAAGAAGAGGUUCACUGUUUAUAAAGUUCUGGUCUCAGUGGGCAGGAGUGAGUGGUUUGUCUUCAGAAGAUAUGCAGAAUUCGAUAAGCUUUACAAUACUUUAAAGAAACAAUUUCCCACUAUGGCCCUGAAGAUUCCUGCCAAGCGCAUAUUUGGUGAUAAUUUUGAUCCCGGAUUACUUGGGAUUUUCAUUAAGGAGAUAAGGCCUCUGAAGAAGUUGGCAAGGCUCAGGCCCACGUGCCACCACUCUUGUUCUCUUCCAUCGAGAGGCCUCCAGCCCUUCUCAACACAGCAUUCCAGGCAGCCACUGACAUGGUGCUCUCCCAGCCGGUGUGUGUGUCUUGUGCUAAUGAGUGCAAACUCCUUCUGUAGACCAGCAGCUGCCCAUGGAGGCAGAAAGGGUGUGUCCUAUCAGAAACACCCAGGAACAAGUCCAGAUGUCAGAGCGUUCCUUCAAAUGGACAGUCCGAAACACCAGUCAGAUCCAUCUGAAGAUGAGGAUGAAAGAAGUACUGAGAAGCUACACUCUACCUCACAGAACAUCAACCUGGGACCGUCUGGAAAUCCUCAUGCUAAACCAACAGACUUUGAUUUCUUAAAAGUUAUUGGAAAAGGCAGCUUUGGCAAGGUUCUUCUUGCAAAACGGAAACUGGAUGGAAAAUUUUAUGCUGUCAAAGUGUUACAGAAAAAAAUCGUUCUCAACAGAAGAGAGCAAAAACAUAUUAUGGCUGAACGUAAUGUGCUCUUGAAAAAUGUGAAGCAUCCAUUUUUGGUUGGAUUACAUUAUUCCUUCCAAACAACUGAAAAGCUUUAUUUUGUUCUGGAUUUUGUCAAUGGAGGGGAGCUGUUUUUUCACUUACAAAGAGAACGGUCCUUUCCUGAACACAGAGCAAGGUUUUAUGCUGCUGAAAUCGCCAGCGCAUUGGGUUACUUGCACUCCAUCAAAAUAGUGUACAGAGACUUGAAACCGGAAAACAUUCUUCUGGAUUCCGUAGGACAUGUUGUCUUAACAGAUUUUGGGCUUUGUAAAGAAGGAAUUGCUAUUUCUGAUACCACAACGACAUUUUGUGGAACACCAGAGUACCUAGCACCUGAAGUGAUCAGAAAACAGCCCUAUGACAAUACUGUAGAUUGGUGGUGCCUUGGUGCUGUACUGUAUGAAAUGCUGUAUGGGUUGCCUCCUUUUUAUUGCCGAGAUGUUGCUGAAAUGUAUGACAACAUUCUGCACAAGCCCCUAAAUCUGAGGCCAGGAGUGAGCCUCACAGCCUGGUCCAUUCUGGAAGAACUCCUAGAAAAAGACAGGCAAAAUCGGCUCGGUGCCAAAGAAGACUUUCUUGAAAUUCAGAAUCAUCCCUUUUUUGAAUCACUCAGUUGGACGGACCUUGUACAAAAGAAGAUUCCACCACCGUUUAAUCCUAAUGUGGCAGGACCAGAUGAUAUUAGGAACUUUGAUGCAGCGUUUACGGAAGAAACAGUUCCAUAUUCUGUGUGUGUGUCUACUGACUAUUCUAUAGUGAAUGCCAGCGUACUGGAGGCUGAUGAUGCAUUCGUUGGUUUCUCUUAUGCACCUCCUUCAGAAGACUUAUUUUUGUGAACAUUUUGCCAUCCGGGAACCAUUGAGCAAAUAUAAACCUAUGUACAGACGAGACUGAAAUUCCUGUUUGUGUGAAUAUAUUCAAAUAUGUUUAGUGCCUCUUUUUUACAUAUAAUGUUAACAACUAUGAAAAAUGUAUUUUCUGCUGUAUGUAAGAAAAUAGUGCAUUUCAAAGAGCUAACUUUGGAAUUAAAAUUUGUAUUCUUGUUUAUUAAGCUUAUUUUUAAACAGAAAUUUUUAAAGCUAUUGUUCUUAGCAUUAACCUAUUUUUAAAGAAAACUUUUUUGCUAAUGACUGUUUUUUUCCCAAGUUUACACUAACACCUACCCAAGAUAGACUGUUUUUCAACAGCCUAUUUCAGUUCAGUUCACAUAUAUUAAUGCCUUUGUAACUCUACUUUGAUCUUUGUUCUCAGAUCAGAACUAUGCAAUUUGUAUGUGGUUGUUUAAGAAGAAACCAUAUCUGUCCAUAAUAAAUCUCUGCUUGCCAUAA